CCUCUGAAUCCACGCUUACAACUCCUUUUUCUUUUUCUGUGGUUUUUCUUCUAAACGUGCUUCUAACUUAAACUGUCACGAGUUGGAUCCUAGGAAGUUGAAAGAUGGGUCCAUUCUUUCAUGCUACUCCACUUGCAAAAUGCAGUAGAAACAGGCCUGAUGAUUCAUCCUAAUCCAUGUUUAGGCAGCUAGACUUGCAGUAGGCAAGUGUGGUGUGAAGGAAUUCAUUAGCCAUGGAUGUAUUCAUGAAAGGACUUUCAAAGGCCAAGGAGGGAGUCGUGGCUGCUGCUGAAAAAACCAAACAGGGCGUGGCAGAAGCAGCAGAAAAGACAAAAGAGGGUGUUCUCUAUGUAGGUUCCAAAACCAAGGAAGGCGUGGUUCAUGGUGUGACAACAGUGGCUGAGAAGACCAAAGAACAGGUGACAAAUGUUGGAGAGGCGGUGGUGACAGGUGUGACAGCAGUAGCACAAAAGACAGCAGAAGGAGCAGGCACCAUUGUGGCCGCCACUGGCUUUGGCAAGAAGGAUCAGAUGGGCAAGAAUGAAGAAGGAGCCUCACAGGAAGGAAUUCUUCAAGAUAUGCCUGUGGAUCCUGACAAUGAGGCUUAUGAAAUGCCUUCUGAGGAAGGCUAUCAAGACUAUGAACCCGAAGCCUAAGAAGUAUCUUUGCUCCCAGUUUCCUGAGAUCUGCUGACAGAUGUUCCAUCCUGUACAAGUGCUCAGUUCCAAUGUACCCAGUCAUGACAAUUUUCUCAAAGUUUUUGUAGUGUUUUUUGAAGUCUUCCAUCAGCAGUGAUUGGAGUAUCUGCACCUGCCCCCCUCUCAUCAUUUCAGUGCUUCCCUCUCACUGAAAUGAAUAUAUGGUAGCAGGUCCUUGUGUGCUGUGGAUAUUGUGGCUUCAAAUUCAAAAUGUUAAAUUAGAAACACCUAAAUGACUACCACGUAUUUCUAAAUCUUCACUAUUUUUCUGUUGUUAUUGGUAAGUUGUGAGUGAUUUACUAUUGUAUCUUUGAAGAUUUUUAGGUGUCUUUUAAUGAUUCUUUUUGUGAAAGAAUAAUGAUGUAUUGUGAAAUUUGUUAAUACAUAUAAUACUUAACAUGUGAGCAUGAACUAUGCACCUAUACACACUAUGAAGUUUUACUUUUUUGUGAUGUGUUUUAUUAACUUGUGCUUGUAUAUAAAUAGUGAAAAUUAAAAUAAAACGUUAUCUCAUUGCAUA